UCAAACCGGAGAAUAAAAUCCGAUUGAAGGACCGGCGGAGGCCUUGUCGUUAAUUCUUUGAUUUGUGUGGUAGUAUAUACCGACGCUCAGUUGUUGACUGUCUGCUGCACGUCAGCGCGAAUAGGACCUCGCUGGGGCUGCAAGGACACUGGCGAUGUGCACGUCUGACGGCGACUGCACGGCGCAGGAGAGAGCGAGCGUGCACGCCCCGCUGGUGUGAUCGCGGCUUCAUCGGGUUUCAUUGACGGGGACUACCGCCUGUUUCGACGAGAUGAUCGCGCGAGGCAAAGGCUGUUGCUGUGCCGCACUUGCACGGCCAUAGACUCCUCGACUCUUUUUCUCUCCAGCUUUUGCACCUCUUCCAUUUUUUUGUGUGCAUACAAUGAUACCCGCCAGCGCCGCAUCAAUGUUACCGUCUGCAGAAGCUGCCAAACUGUACCAGACCAAUGACGUCCGAAACUCCCGCGUCAUCGGACUCCUGUGGGCCAUAUUCACCAUCCUGUUCGGCAUCGUGAACGUGACCAUCUUCUCGCAGCCCUAUUGGAUCGGCGAUGGCAUGCACACGCCGCAGGCCGGGUACUUCGGCCUCUUUCACUACUGCAUCGGGGACGGGGCCAACAGAGAGCUGGCCUGCCAGGGCAGCUUCACCGAGUUCUCCGCCAUCCCGUCCAGAGCCUUCAAGGCCGCCUCCUUCUUCAUCGGGAUGUCCAUGAUGCUGGUGGUCACCUGCAUCGGCUGCUUCUCCCUCUUCUUCCUCCUCAGCACCUCCACCGUGUACAAGAUCUGUGGCUGGAUGCAAGCUGCUGCGGGUGUGUGUCUGGUCCUGGGAUGCAUGAUCUACCCGGACGGCUGGGACAGCGACGAGGUGCGGCGGAUGUGUGGGGAGCAGACGGACAAGUACAGCUUGGGGGCCUGCUCCAUGCGCUGGGCCUACAUCCUCGCCAUCAUGGGCAUCCUCGAUGCGCUCAUCCUCUCAUUUCUGGCUUUUGUCCUCGGGAAUCGACAGGACGGCCUCAUGACGGAGGAGCUGUUGGCUGAGAGCAAGGAGGGAGGCAAUGCUUAGCAACAUUUUGGCUCCUGUGACCCACAGAAUACUUGAGUCAACAUCACACGCCGGAAGGGAGGAGAGGAGACCCACCUUCUUUCCAUCAACUUGCCAAAAACCUUCAACUAUCGUCCUCUCCUGUUUGCCUGCAGCCCCCUGACGUACACCGAGCCCAUGUAAUACAUCCUCAACCCAGAUAGUCUAGCAGAACAACCCCCAUUGCAUUGACGGACCAUGUCAGGGGGCGUAGACUGUUACUAGAUGACAAGUGUGGACUGAGCAAUUCUUGCAACAACAUACACAUCAUUAUCCGAUACACACAUGCAUAGUGUACUGUAUAACCCUUUUACUAUACUCUAUGUUAACGCUGAUCUGUAUGUUCCACUGUUAAUAUCUGUUUCACAAUUUAUCCAGGCGAGACCAGAAUCCAUGUACAGUAGAUUUGAAGAGUUUGUUUUCAAAAUGAGACAUAGGCAUUUUUUUCAGAUUUACAAAACUCGCGCCAAAAUUAUCCAUUCGGAGCUGGAUAAUUUUGGCGCGAGUUUCGUAAAUCUGAAAAAAAUGCCUAUGUCUCGUUUUUGAAAACAAACUCUUCAUUUGUUGUGUUUCAUUAUUUUAUGUAAGGCUUGACAAUGACAAAAAAGAAUUUGAACCAUUUUGUUUGUCUUCCCCGGUUCAUGUUUAACAAAUAUUCCAUGUAGAUUUAAGUAUGUACAGAAAAUAUGUUAAGAUGUUAUGAGAUUCAAUCCCUUCUAUGCCCCGUCUAGCUCACUUUGCACAGUGCUUCGGUUCUGUUGUUUUCUCGUAUUGAACUCUCCUAUCUACACUGUGAUGGGGCUGUUAGCGGACUGCCUGUUGCAGGAUGUGUAGCUACUGUGUGAAUGUAUGACCUAAUGAGCACAUGUGUGCACGCUCGUGUGAAUGUGUCUCAGUUUGUAUACUAUACGAUAGUACACACGCACACACACACACACACACACACACAAAGAUUUUCUGUUGUGUAUCUAUUUUAAUGUCUUCUGCUGUUUGUGUUUCUCUUUGACUCCCCCACGAGCUAACUAGUGAGCGCAUACAGGGUAACAGGAUGCAGUCUCAUCUAACGGUGUGGCUUUUGAGUAAAGUUGAGAUGAAACAGAUUUAGCGUCAUCUGUUUUGUGUAAAUAGGAAGACUGUAGACACAACCUAUAGGGUGUUAUCCAACACCAAUUUAAGAGAUUCCUUUAAGAAUAUAGCAAGACUUAAUAAAGAUUUUCACUCUAUCACUGUGCUGUUUUU